UGGUCCCCUGUGCCCAAAGGGCUCACAGUCUAAAAAAGAAUCAUAAGAUAGACCCCAGCCCCAGCCACUGGAAAGAUGUUAUGCUGGGGAUGGAUAGGUCCAUUUGCUCUCCCCCUACUCAGUAAAGAGAACCAUCACUUUAAAAAGGUGCCUCAUUGCUCAGUUAGCAGGGAUAUCAAUGAUGCACUUGCAUAUAGUGACAUCACACAUCAUGAUUUAUGUGCAGGGUUUGUGUAAUUUUCUACAUAGAAGUGACAUCCAAAUAUAAUUUUGUAAUGUAUGAAAUAGGUGUCCUUUGCAGAGCGGAAUUUGAUGUUUCAUACUCUCUUUGCAUUCUUGCUUUUUUUUUUUUUACAACCUACCUACCAUGUUCUUUGGAUGUAGUAUUACAGCUACCUUGUAGCAAAGGAUGAUGAGAAGAUUGCUGUCUGACUUUUACGUAAAAGUAAAAAUAAAAUAAUUGAUAAAAAAAGAUUAUCAUACAAUACAGCAAGGGCAUGGUGCCAAUAAACUACGCACAUUGGAUGACUAACAGGGCUCCCACACUAUCAGUGUAGGCAGGGAAUGUGCUAUGCUGCCACAUAGGGUGCCAUAGGCAAUUACUAAAUGUUUUUUGUCCCUUAAUGUUUUGCCUUUAAAUUUCUUUCUUUCUUUCACAUUUUCAAGGAGGAUGGAUGGUGUGCAUUCAUUCUUUUUUAAAAAAGAAUUUUGAUCAUUAUGAUCAUUCAGUAACAAUGAAUUUGGACUAAUUUGGUUUGUAUCUCUAUAUGCUAGCUUACAUGGGUUUGGAAAUUGGUCUGUAUGUUGCUCCUCCCUUUCAACUGAAUUGUUGCUUCUGAAGAUAAGUAAGCAAGCUUUUUGGUUUGUGCUUGGUUUUCUCUCAUUGAUAAAAUGUGCUGUUGGAUAUUUCCCCUGAAAAGAAUUCCAUAGAGGAGAAUGUGAUCCUGUAUGCUCUUCUGGAUUCCUCAGUGGCUUUUGGUACCAUUGACCAUGUAUCCUUCUGGGCUACCUUGCAAGGAUCUCCUUAGUAGCAACCGUUUUCAGGUGAUCCAGUCAUUCCUGGAGCUUAUAUACCAGAAGGUGCUGGGAGACUACUAUGCUGUUCUAUGGGCUUAUGGAAUGCCACAGGGUUCCAUCUUAUCUCCAUGCUGUUUAACAUGUAUGUGAAACCACUAGAAGAAGUUGUCCAGGGAUUUGGACUGAGGUGUCAUCAGGUUUUAAAGCACAAAACAUUUGCACAUACAAGGCAUUGUCCAAAAGGUAACAUUUAAAUCAGAAGAGUACUGGAGAAAACUUUGGGAGAGCUAACCAUGUGACUGAGAAUUUGAGCUGCUUGUCAGAGAUGGUCUUCCCAAGCCGGCGGUAAUGGAACCAUUGGAUGAAGCGGAUGGGCAGCAGGAGCAACAAAGCAGGACAGAACAACCUCAGAAAGGUUCUGAGGGAACAUCACAGUGUAGCUGGGUGGCCUGGUGGAAUGGAUUGACAACAGGAGGAAUGGUGUAUCUGUUCGCCCUAUCACAGAUAUUGGUUUUCUCCUUUAUGUUUUGGUGCGGUGGCUGUGAGACCAUCCCUGUGGUUCAGGAUGCUUAUGACAUGUCCAGUUUGCUCACUCCAUUUGGACAGCUGAUUGCAGAUUCUAUCAAGGAUCUGAUCAGAGUUGGGGGCAUUACUAUGGCAUACCUCCUGCUGUCUUUGUUUUCCCUUGCCUUGCUACUCAUAGGAACAUUGGCUUGGUAUCUUGUGAAGACUCCUCCAGGUCCUCCAUUCCCCCUCCAAGAGGACAGGCGACAAUCUGUAAGCCGCCAGCCUUCAUUCACCUACUCUGAAUGGACAGAGGACAAGAAUGAAGAUGAUUUUCUUGAUAUGGAUCCAGUGCCAGAGACGCCAGUAUUUGACUGUGUAAUGGACAUGAAAGCAGAAACAGAUCCAGCAACACUGACAGUUAAAUCUGUGGGACUGCAAGAAAGGAGGGGUUCAAAUGUUUCACUCACACUGGACAUGUGCACUCCAGGCUGUACUGAACAAGGGUUUGGCUAUAUCAUGUCUCCAAGGGAAGAAUCAGCACGGGAAUAUCUCCAGACAGCUUCAAACGUUCUCACUGAAGAGGAGCUGCACAAGAAAGCAUUGGAUUCUUUCGUACUCCAGACAGAGUUCUUUGAAAUCCCAAUGAACUUUAUUGAUCCUAAAGAAUAUGAUAUUCCAGGUUUGGUACGGAAGAAUCGCUAUAAAACAAUUCUCCCAAAUCCCCACAGCAGAGUGUGCCUUACCUCAGAUGAUCAAGAUGAUCCCCUGAGUUCUUACAUCAAUGCCAACUACAUCCGGGGCUAUGGAGGAGAAGAAAAGGUGUACAUUGCUACUCAGGGACCCAUAGUUAAUACUGUCAGUGAUUUCUGGAGAAUGGUGUGGCAGGAGUGUUCUCCAAUUAUUGUCAUGAUUACCAAUAUAGAAGAGAUGAAUGAGAAAUGUACAGAAUAUUGGCCAGAAGAACAGGUUACCUAUGAAGGAAUUGAAAUUACAGUUAACAGAGUCAUACAAGCAGAUGAUUAUCGGUUAAGGCUUAUUACCCUAAAGAAGGGUGAAGAAGUAAGAAGUCUGAAACACUACUGGUAUACAUCUUGGCCAGACCAGAAGACCCCUGAUCAAGCACCGCCCCUGCUGCAGCUGGUUCAGGAAGUAGAGGAGGCCAUACAGUGUGCAGAAGAGAAAAAUGCUCCAAUAAUUGUUCACUGCAGUGCAGGGAUUGGGAGGACUGGCUGCUUUAUUGCCACAAGUAUUUGCUGCAAACAGUUGAAGAAUGAGGGUGCAGUUGACAUACUCAGAACAACCUGCCAGCUGCGGCUCGAUAGGGGAGGAAUGAUCCAGACCAGUGAACAGUAUCAGUUUGUGCAUCAUGUCAUGAGCUUAUUUGAAAAGCAGUUUUCUAGAGCCGCAGCAGAAGAAUAGAUUCAGAAAACUUUGUUAUGACACAAAUCAACAGAACUCUGACCAGAAUUGUAUGUAUUACGGAGCUCAGAAGAAACACGUGGAAAUUUCAGAGAAGAAGAUAUUUAUUUAUACAUAUAUAAAUAUAUAUAGUUUUACUUUCAUAUUGCUUUAUUUUGCAUUUAAGAGCUAAAAUAUUGCUUGUCUUCAACAUGUGACAGGAUAUCAUCUUCCUCACCCCCAAAACAAAGGCCUAUUUAUAUUGUAAAUAAGAUCAGUAGCUUCAUUUGUUACAAAAUUUUAAAACCUCACUGUCAGAUUUGCUAUUUUAAGCAAAAGCAGAAUUGCUACUAGAUCCAAAUACAGUGUGAAAUUCUUUGAUAAAUGUCUUGCUGAAGUCUGUAAUGUAUGUUUACUAAGCUUGAAAAGUAACUCUUGCCUUUUUUUUUCUGAUUGUUUUUACAUUUUAAACUACCGGAUACUGUGUAUAUCAUGAGAUCUGAACCUCUGCAUUAAAGGAUUCAAGUGGAUUCAUACUGAAA